AUGAUUUCCACUGCCCCAUCGACUGCUGAUGUCUCUGGGCUAAUUGUACGACGCCCCAACCCUAAACCCUCCACCACGUACGCGUACUCCGAGACUGACUUCGCUGCCGGCGAGGAGGACCUUUCGAAGAAUCCUCACCGUCGGAAGAGAGUUUCGGACCUGGUUAAGGAGGUGGACAUCGAAGCCCUAAUAGCUAUCUCCGUUGGGUUUCUAGUGGACUCGCUCACCGAAGAGGAAAUUGAGACCGGGAAUAUCAAAGUCAACCAACAGACACUGGAGUGCCUAUUCCAUGACUCCCAGGAAUGGUAUUACAAAAUCAAGCUGUUUGGAAAAAUUACUAAGAGUCAUGGAAUAGGCACUCUAGUGUUUAGAUUUAAAACUGAGGAUUUCAAUCGACCGGGAGAGAAGGUGGGAUACGUACUAAAAAGAGUUGGCCAUACAGAAGCUUCUGUUGAUCUUGCUGUAUUAGCUGGAUUAGAUCCUGUUGCUGUUCUUUGUGAAGUUGUGGAUAGUGAUGGCUCUAUGGCUAGAUUACCCAGGCUUCGUCAAUUUGCAUAG